AUUAUCUUGGAUUAACUGACGUGGAAAUUUUGAAAAGAAAAAAACUCAAAGAGAUAUUGGGUCGGAAAUCGGUUAGGUUUUUAAUCGAUUCUCGGUGAUAUCUAAGAAGGAGAACAACUCUGGUAUCCAGUUUACAAGUUUGACUGACAAACAGGUCCCAAGAAACAUGGCGGAGAAUAUCAAGGUCGCCGUUCGAGUCAGGCCUUUUAAUAAAAGAGAGAGAGCUAGAGAUGCUAAACUGAUUGUUGAGAUGAAGGGGCCUACGACCAUGCUGACAGACCCUGCGGCACCCAAUGAUGAUCCAAAAAGCUUCACAUUUGAUUACAGCUAUUGGUCGCAUGACGGCUUUGAGGAGGAUGACACUGGGUAUCUUAAAGGCACUCAGCCAAACUACGCUGAUCAGCGAAGAGUAUAUGAAGACGUUGGCAAGACAGUAUUGCAGAAUGCAUGGGAAGGGUACAACAGUACAUUGUUUGCUUAUGGGCAAACGGGAUCUGGCAAGUCUUGGUCUAUUGUGGGCUAUGGUGCAAACAAAGGGAUUGUGCCGAUUUUCUGUGAUGAGAUGUUCAAAGGAAUUGAUGCCAAGAAAGCUGAGGGUUCCCAGGAUCAAUAUGAAGUUCUGUUCAGUAUGCUCGAAAUCUACAAUGAGAAGGUUCGCGAUCUUCUCAACCCUUCUUCAUCCAAGCAAGGGCUACGUGUGCGCCAACACCCCAAGAAAGGGUUCUAUGCGGAAGGGCUGAAGACCCUGCCUGUCAGUUCUUAUCAGGAGAUUGAAGAUAGAAUGGAGGAUGGCACCAGGAACCGAACAGUGGCCGCCACACAGAUGAAUGCAACGAGCAGCCGAGCUCAUACAAUCGUUGGAGUGACAUUUACUCAGAAAUCAAAGAAUGCCGCCGGAGAGGAGACGGCAAAGACUUCAGUUAUCAACCUCGUGGAUCUUGCUGGCAGUGAACGAGCCGACUCUACGGGUGCAACUGGCGAUCGUCUAAAAGAAGGGGCCGCGAUCAACCAGUCGCUUUCCGCUUUGGGAAACGUUAUCUCUGCUCUGGUCGACAAGGCAAAUGGGAAAGCGGUUCGAGUUCCAUACAGAGACUCAGUUUUGACAUCUCUCCUGAAGAAUGCGCUUGCAGGAAACAGCAAGACAGCAAUGAUCGCAGCUAUAAGUCCAGCGGAUAUCAACUAUGACGAAACACUUAGCACCCUCAGAUAUGCCGAUCGUGCAAAGCAGAUCAAAACCACCGCUACUGUGAAUGAAGAUCCGACCGAAAAACUGAUCCGGGACCUACAGGAACAAAACGAGAAGUUGAUGGAGAUGCUGAAGGCCGCGGAGAAGGGCGGGAAGAUCACGCUUACUGAUGAUGACGAUGACGAGGAAGAGGGCCUGUCUGACGAAGAAAUGGCAAAGCUUAGGAAACAAAUAGAAGAAGAUCUGCGGGCUUCUAUGGCUAAUUCUGCAAAGGAGAUGGAAGACAUGAAUAAGAACUGGGAAGAUAAAGUGAAGGAAUCCCAAUUGGAAUCAAGAGAUAAGGAAGAGGAGAAAAGGAAACGCCAAGCAACGCCACAUCUCUGGAAUCUUAACCCAGAUCCCCAAUUAACAGGAAUGAUUGUACACCUUCUGGACGACGGAAAAAACAGAAUUGGGAACAAGAAGGCAGAUCCUCCUGCUGACAUUGUGUUGAAUGGACUGAACAUUCAAGAUGUGCACUGUAUAAUCAAUAAUGAGGGAGGAAAAAUCACAGUAACCCCGGAUGGUGACGCCAAGGUGCUUCUCAACGGCGAGCCUGUAUCAGAAGAGGAGGAGCUUCACCAUUUUGACAGGCUGAUGCUGGGCUCAAGCAACCUCUUCGUGUUCCAUCACCCGAAGGAAGCUGAUAAUUCCAAGAACAAGAUGGAGGACUUCACUUACGAGAUGGCGCAGGAAGAAAUUGCUAGAAAUUCUGGCAUUGAAGUCGAUGAGUCAAAGGAGGCACUUUUAUGGAAGGAAGAUAUGGUUGAUCUACUGCCGAUGGUGGAGCAGGCGAACGCUAUUAGCAUGGAGCUGGAUCGGAAGGUCGCUUUUGAGGUUGUUCUGAUGUCGGCAAAAGCACGUGGAGAAAGCGAAGGGAAGCCUGAGCCGUACGUUUGCAUGAAGAAUCUUGAUACCGGUCUAGAAUGGCUAUGGCCGCGGAACAAGUUUAUCAACCGGAAGUUCCUCAUGGAGGAAAUGUACGAAAACUACGAGGAGGGGGAGGAGUGGAGACUACCCGACGAGCGUGAUCCAUUUACGGAGUCCCCGGAUGCACAGGUUAUGAUUGGCUGCGUGGACGUUUCCAUGGAGAGCCUGGGAUACGUGCUGGAUAUGAGAGAGCAGCUUAACAUCGCCGAUUACAAGGGACGUGAUGUUGGUGUGUUGAACGUUGAAGUCUUACCAUUGGACAGCAAAGGCAAAGAGAUCACUGCGGACUCCGACAUCUUUAUCGAUAGUCCUCAAGAGCUGGUUGGGAAAGCGCUGCAGUUUAUCGUUCGGAUAACGAGUGCCCGCGGUAUUCCAAAAAAGUAUACGGAUGUUUAUUGCACGUAUUCACUGUAUAACGAAGACGACCCAAAAACGAAUAUUGUAUCAGGGACGACCAACCCGGACUUUAACUAUGAGAGGAAAUUCAGCUUCAAUCCAGUCAACCAGAAGCUCAUCGAUUACUUGAUGAAAAAGUCCGUAAUCGUUCAACUGUGGGGGAAGCAGGUUGUAGACAAAAAGCCCGUCAACAAGGCGGCGAAGGAGGGCAAGGAUACGAAAACCAUCAUGAAGACAGAGAAUGCUAAGAAAAGUAUGGCCCCCGUGUCGUCGGCAGUCAAGGAAUCCGGCCAAACGAGUUUGUUGCAUGUCUCGGAAGUCGCCAUCAUGCGGAAACGCAAAGAGCGACUAGAAAACAAACUGAACCAGAUCCGACAUUUGUGCGAUGAUCGGCAAAAGAAAGGCCAUAUUGCCGUUGAGAUUGCGCAAAUAAGGCACAUCUUGGGUGACGGGCCCGUGGCUGCCGCUCCUGCGGGCGGUCCCUCACACGGGCACAGAGGGUCGAACAGCGAUCAGAAUAAGACAGAGAGCUCAGCCUGCACUAUCCUGUAAUAUAUACCGCGCAUCAUCAUAAUCGAAUUCCCUAGCUCAUUCUAAGGGCGCGUUUUUUUACUCGUGAUUCCGGGAUGAGAAUGAUUAGAAUACAAAAAGCGCGCGUUAGUUUAUCCCGCGUUCCCAUUCCGGAAUGGAAUGAAGGCCAUCCCACCAAUUCUGCUACCUGUAGCAGAAUGACCCGAAUGCCAUUCUAAAGAUUCUCUACCAACCAUUCCAAUUCCAGAAUAAUAGGAAAAACGCGCCCUAAUUUGGGUGCUGGCUGAGUGCCCAAGGAUAAUUGGAGUGGUGGUAUCCUAGUAAAUCUGGAAACCUUGGGUUUCCUAGGAGUAAUGGAUGUUGACGGGAAUAGCGCUUUUUGUCAGAGCGUUUUCUGUUACAGCGCUUUUUGUCACGGUGAACUAGGGAAAACGCGAUAAAAUGACGCAGCCCAUUUCGGCGUAAGGCUUGUUCGUACAUUUUUUUAGGAUACCUUUGCCUUGUGAAGCAUCUUUUUCUUGCUCCAAAAGCAUACAAAAAUUAUGCGUAGACUCCAGUUCGUAAAACAAGGCACUGGAGACGCGAUAGAAACGCUCUGCUAGCAGUGACCACGACUAGUGCCUUGCUAUCAAUGCACACACGGGGACACUUGAUUUGGAGCGUCGAUCUGUUGCGCCCUCCGCACCAACUAACACCUAUAAGACACGGACUGUGUACAUUUUAAUGACAACCAAAUACACUCAAAUUACUGUGGAAUUCA